GUCUUUUGUUUUUUAAAAAAUAAAAAACUGCCUCCGAAAAGAAAGUAUGCAGCCAAACAGCAGCUUCCAGACCCUCAUCGAGUAUACCAUACACCGACUUCCAAACAGCCCCUCCAACUUCAAAGUAGUCCUCUUCUCUCUUUCCCAAAACCCUACUUUCAAACUUGACAAAACCAGAAAAAAGAUUUAGAACACAAAAUUGAUCUAAACCCUAAUCUUCCGGAAUGUCCCCUCUGUUUCGAUCCCGAUUCAUUUCCCUGCUGAAGAAUCGCCAUGGCCGUCUUAUGAGCUCCGAACUCGCUUCCACUCCUUCCAAAGAUGCCCUCAAUGCAUCUCAGAAGCUCGUCUCCGAUCAGAUUCCACCUGAUGCUCAACCCACUACUCCUACUACCACUUCUUCUUCCUCUAGUAAGCCCUUGAAUUUCCUCAAGUAUAGUUUGAUUGGUGCUCUCACAGGUGCAACUGCGGUUGCUGGUUACGCCAGCUAUGCCUAUAGUUAUGAUGAAAUUGAGGAGAAGGCAAAAGCUCUCCGUCGAUCUGCUAGCCAUACUGCCACGGACGAUGUCUCUGGGGUUGAUAAAGUUCAGGCCAUGCUCUACUCCACAAUAAUGACAGUACCUGCAAAACUCGUUGAUGUUUACUUGAAUUUGAGGAAGACAAUUGAAGAACAAGUUAAAGGUUAUACUGAACCCAAUGCGGAAAUGCUUCUUCCAGAUUUGCAUCCCAUGGAACGACACGUGUUUACGCUUGUUCUAGAUCUAAAUGAGACGCUAGUGUACUCUGAUUGGACGCGAGAAAGAGGCUGGCAGACGUUCAAAAGACCUGGAGUUGAUGCUUUCUUGGAACAUCUUGCCCAAUUUUAUGAAAUUGUUAUAUACUCUGAUCAAUCCAAUAUGUAUGUUGAUCCAGUCAUUGAUAGGUUGGAUCCCAAGCAUUGCAUACGAUAUAGGUUGUCAAGAGCAGCUACGAAGUAUGAGAAUGGAAAGCAUUACAGAGACUUGUCGAAGCUUAACAGGGAUCCCAGGAAGAUUCUUUAUUUGAGUGGCCAUGCAUUUGAUAGUAGUCUACAACCAGAAAACUCUGUUCCAAUAAAGCCAUGGAAGUGCGAGACAGAUGAUACAGCUCUUCUUGAUUUUAUACCAUUUCUUGAAUUUGUGGCACGAAAUAGUCCAGCUGACAUCAGACAAGUACUAGAAUCAUAUAAAGGAUGUGACAUUCCAACAGAAUUUAUAAGACGUUCUAAAGAGCAUCAAAGGCGGAUUCAAGAACAGAAGCAGCAGGGGCGAAUAUGGAAACGUUGAGAUCAACAUAUAGUGUAAAAAAUUGAUCGAAAUUGUUGUGUCAAACAAAAACAAAGAAUAUUGUUUAGAAUCAACUCAAGCCAACUUUCUUCCUGCAGGCCAAGAAGCAACUUCAGAUUGAUUCCAUCGAUUUUCUUCUACAUUCCAUUAGUUGCAGCUUCUUGAUAAGCAAGAGCAGUACGUAAUUUUUCCCUUUUUCCUCACUCAAUUUGAAUAACCCCCAUAAAUUUUGCAACUUAUUUUUUCCAUCAUUUUUGGAGAAAGAGAUUGUUCUGCCAGGCAAUGAAGUUUUGAUUAUGUGUCAUUUAGCUCCUCCCGAGUAUUCCUGAAUAGCUAUGACUGUCCAUGUUUAGUUACAAUUAUAACCUUUCGAUUUUGUUUUAAAAAAAUUAUAUUUGUAUAGAUCAAUAUUAUAUCAAAUUAGAGUAGUUGCCUCUCAAUUCACUGGUAUUUUUGAUUCAUCUGACUGCACAGUACCUUCAUUUGACAAUGUAAUAUACUUUUGUUUCGAGUAUUUAGACCACAUCAUUAACACUAUCAACAAAUAGUUGAUUGAUGUGAUAUGUUUAGUAGGUAAAUUUCCACCAAAUUGGCAUGAUAUAUGGAAGAUAGAUGGAUAGAUUAUUGGGCAUGUCAUGAUUUGUCAGAUGCAAGACUAAAUAGAAAUAAUCCAAAGUUGGAUGAUAGGGGUGCACAAAAGUUUGAAUGUCGAAUUGAUCGCCCUAAAACAGUCGAAUUGUUGUUGGUUGGUAGGUAUAACUUGAAGUUGCUGAUAGGGGACAUUAUCUUGAUAAAUGGCUAAGAGGUCAUGGAUUCAAUUCAGGAUGGCUACUUACCUAGGAUUUAAUAUGUGGUCAUGGAUUCAAUUCAGGAUGGCUACUUACCUAGGAUUUAAUAUGUUAUUAGUUUCCGUGAUAUCCCAAUAUUGCAGGGUUAGAUGGAUUGUCUCUUGAGAUAAGUGAAGGUGUGCAUAAGUUGGUUUAGACAUUUAGAAUA